CCGAACCGCAACCCAACAUUCGACGGUCAUGGAAGUCGAUCCUAUACGGGAGCCAUGCUCGCGUGUUCUGGGGAGAUUUCACCCAGCAUUCUCCAAAUUCCGUGAGGGGAACCACAUCUGGCUACCAGAUCCCCGGACAGGAUCGUCAUUAUUAGCCAGAAUACAUUACAGGCUGCUGAUGGGAAUAGAGGCUUCUGAUUGCCGGAAAUCCAAAAAGAGAGUCGCAUUCGAGUGGAUGUGAUAGCUCGCCAGUCCUUCGGUGCCUUUCUGUUCUGGAUCGUCCGUCUUCCCAUUUUCGCAUCAUUGUGCUGCGAGCAAGGCUUCAUUGACCAGGAUACUACCGUCCUGUAUGUCUUCUGGGAUUGCUCUCAUAAUAAAGCGUGCAUGCAGGUCACUCAGGGUGUUUAGUUUAUAAGCUAGUUGCGAGCUUGAAUGUAAAUGCCGUUGCAUGCGAUACCGACAUCCCAAGUCAAGCCAUGCGUCUAUUCCAUCUUGCUGUGACACUCCUCGGCCUCGUUUGGGGGGCCGUCGCGACGUCCAAUGGCCUCACCGAUCUGGUAACUUGGGAUAGUUACAGUCUCAGCGUCAAUGGCGACCGGACUUAUAUCUACUCGGCCGAGUUCCACUAUCAACGUAUGCCCGUCCCCGAAUUAUGGCCAGAUAUCCUCCAGAAGUUCAAGGCAAACGGCUUCAACGCCAUCAGCGUCUACUUCUUCUGGUCCUAUCACAGCGCCUCGGAGGGUGUCUACGACUUCGAGACGUCAGGCAAGAACAUUCAGCGCCUCUUCGACUACGCCAAAGAGGCGGGUCUCUGGGUCAUCGCCCGCGCCGGGCCAUACUGCAAUGCCGAGACUAACGGAGGCGGACUUGCACUAUGGGGCUCGGACGGCAGCAUGGGUGUCCUCCGGACAGCGGACGAAACAUACCAGGAGGCCUGGCUCCCAUGGAUCACCCAAGUCGGCGAGAUCAUCGCAGCGAACCAGAUUACCGAGGGCGGACCCGUUAUUCUAAACCAGGUCGAGAACGAGUACCAGGAGAAUGACCACUCGCCCAACGCGACCGCCGUCUUGCAUAUGAUACAGAUCGAGGAAGCUUUUAGGGAUGCUGGGAUCGUGGUGCCGCUUACGCACAACGAAAAGGGAAUGAGGUCGCAGUCUUGGUCGGUGGACUAUCAGGACGUGGGAGGUGCGGUUGAUAUCUACGGCCUCGACAGCUAUCCUGGAGGGUUGUCAUGCACCAAUCCAACAGUGGGCUUCAAUGUCAACCGACUGUACUACCAGUGGUUCCAAAAUUACUCGUACACUCAACCCGAGUACGUGCCCGAGUUUGAGGGUGGAUGGUUCUCUGCUUGGGGUGGUGGCACAUUCUACGACCAGUGCGUGGCCGAGCAUGAUCCUGCUUUUGCAGAUGUUUAUUACAAGAAUAACAUCGGUCAAAAGAUAACCCUUCACAACAUCUAUAUGACGUGGGGCGGGACGAAUUGGGGGCAUUCUGCCGCCCCGGUAGUCUAUACAAGUUACGACUACAGCGCGCCCCUCCGAGAAACUCGCCAGCAGUGGAACAAGCUGUUCCAGACCAAACUCGUUGGUCUUUUCACAAGGGUUUCAUCCGACUUGUUGAAGGCCGACAUGGUUGGAAAUGGAACAGGCUAUAGUUUGUCUUCAAACGCCGCAUUUAGCUGGGUUCUCAGGAACCCAGAUACGGGGGCGACCUUCACCGUGGUCCAACAAGCUACGACGUCGUCGUUUAGCAACAUCUCGUUUUCGGCCAGUCUCAACACCAGCGCUGGAGCCGUCACGGUUCCAAAUGUCGAGCUGUAUGGUCGGCAAAGCAAGAUUAUUACCACAGAUUAUAACUUUGGCAGCCACAGCCUGCUCUACUCCUCCGCUGACAUAGCCGUCUAUGGAGUGUUUGACGUGGACGUCAUCGUCAUGUACUUGAAAGAGGGACAGACUGGUUCUUUUGCAUUGAAGAGCGACAAGAAACUGAGCUACAAGAUCUGGGGAGCUAGCACUUUCGCGGCAAGCGGCAACAGCACAACCGCUAGCGCUUUCAAUUACAAGCAAGCUGCGGGCACGACUGUGGUCAAGUUCCUUAACGGUGUGGUUGCGUACUUACUCGAUCAGCCGACCGCAUGGAGACUGUGGGCUCCCCCGACGACUCUGGACCCUGCAGUGGCGCCACACGAGCAAAUCUUGGUUAUUGGACCCUACCUGGUCAGAGAUGCCAGUGUGAAGCUCAACACGCUUUACAUCAACGGCGAUAAUGAUGACGCUACAACAUUGGAAGCCUAUACGGGCACCGCUAUCGACACUAUUGUCUGGAACGGCCAAAGCAUCGAGGCACGGAAAACAGCGUACGGCUCUUACAAGGCUGAUAUUCCCGGUGCGGAAUCGAGAGAAAUCUCGUUGCCCGCUCUGACAGCGUGGAAGUCGGCCGACUCGCUGCCUGAAGCGCAGCCGGCGUACGACGAUUCAAAGUGGAAAGUGUGCGACAAGACCACGACGCGGAGCCCCGUCGCCCCGGAAACCCUACCGGUGCUCUUUAGCUCUGACUACGGAUACUAUGCAGGCACCAAGGUGUACCGUGGAUACUUUGACGGCGCCAACUCUUCGGCCGUCUACAUUUCGGCUUCCGGGGGUCUCGGGUUUGGAUGGAAUGCCUGGCUGAACGGAAAGCUUAUUGGCGGCCACCCCGGUGAUGGCAGCUUCGCCAAUACCAAUGCCACUCUGGCACUGCCUUCGUCGGCUCUCAAGGCUAAGGGCAACGUCAUCACCGUGGUGGUGGAUUAUCACGGCCACGAUGAGACCUCGACGGCAAAAGGUGUCGAGAAUCCGCGCGGAAUUUUGGGCAGCUACCUUCUCCCCUCUGGAACCGCCCACAACACGGGCUUUACCCUCUGGAAAAUACAGGGGAACGCUGGCGGCGAUGCAAACAUCGACCCCGUUCGAGGCCCGAUGAACGAGGGCGGUCUGUACGGCGAGAGACUCGGCUGGCAUCUGCCCGGCUUCAACCCCAACUCCAACUCCAACUCCAGCUCGUCCAAAUUUGACGCCUCGGGCCCCACAACUGGCCUGUCCAAGUCCGGCAUCCGGUUUUACGCCACUGACUUCGAACUCGACCUCGACGAUGAUCUCGAUGUGCCCCUGGGCGUUGAGUUGCCAUCGCCGGCUGGCACCGUAGCCCGGGUUAUGAUCUGGAUCAACGGCUAUCAGUAUGGAAAAUACGUUCCACACCUCGGACCGCAGACGAGGUUCCCCAUCCCGCCGGGCGUCAUCAACAACAAGGGAAAGAACACGAUGGUGCUUAGCCUGUGGGCGCAAACGGAAGAAGGGGCCAAACUGGACGAGGUGAAGCUGUUCAGUUACGGACAGUACCAGACGAGCUUCAAGUUUAGUCAGGACUGGAGCUAUCUGCAGCCUGGAUGGGAAAACCGCGAGCAGUAUGCUUGACUUGGCGGUCGUUGAAUUGGCGAGACGCCUCGUAGUUGUCGUCGGGUUCUUGCAUGUGAUACAGAAAGAAGCCAGGGUAUUACGUGCGCUAGAACAUAGUACAGAGUAGUGUAACAGAAACCAAUGCGAUCCCCAGAUAUGAGCAUGA